GGACUAUUCGGAAUCACAUCACCACAAACAAAACUUAAGGCCACAGAACACUACUACUACAUUAAAAACAAGAUAAUGAAAAAGAUAAAGCCCUCCUCCACCAUCCCACCACAAAAUCGCCCCUCAAUAAUUUCCCCUCGCAUGCCACCACAACAAUGGGGUGCGCCUCAUCCAAGCGAAUCGACGUCGCCGUCGACGCCUACCGCCCUCCCCCAUCUUCCUUCGCCGUCUUCGACGUGAACUCCAUCGAGGAGCCCUGGCUGAAGCCCUCCACCGAUAACCCCGACGAGCCCUUCCUCGACGAGAAGCCGCCCCCACUCCUCGACAAGCUCAACGGCGCCAUCGACGGCGCCACCCCCCGCUCCUGGGACGAAGUCAGCAAAGCCCUCGAGGAUCUCAAGCCGAAGCUCAACUCCCCUCCCCCGCCCCCAGCUGAAGAACAACCGCCGCAGAUCUGCAAGAACUUCUCCUUCCACACGUUAGAAGAGCUGGAGAAGAAGAAGAGCGCUUCGUCAACCGAUAGUCAACUAGUUUCUGGACCCACACCUGGACCGGUAGUGGCGGUAGCGAGGUCACUGAAGGACAACAUAUUCAUACAGAAGGACAGGGAGGAGAGGGAGAAGGGAGGGAAGGGGGCGGGGUUCGUGAAGCGGGACCCGCUGGGAGACUUCCCCGAGAUAUGCCCGCCGGGUGGGGAGGAGGCGGUGGUGGUGUACACGACGUCGCUGGGAGGGGUGCGGCGGACGUACGAGGACUGCAACCGCGUGCGCCACCUCAUGGAGACGUACCAGGUGGUGUUCGACGAGCGGGACGUGGCGCUGGACGGGGGGUUCCGCGGCGAGCUGAGGGACCUUCUAGGGGAGGAGGGGGCGGCCGUGCCGAGGGUGUUUGUGAAGGGGAGGUAUAUCGGGGGGGCGGAGGAGGUGGUGGGGCUGAACGAGACGGGGCGGCUAAGCCGGAUAUUGAACUGGGCAAGGGUGGAGAGGGGGGCGGGGAGGCUGGGGUGUAGGGGAUGCGGUGGGGCCAGGUUUGUGCCGUGCUUGGGGUGUGGGGGGAGUUGUAAGGUGGUUGUGGGGGCUGAUAGGGAGAGGUGUGGAGAGUGUAAUGAAAAUGGUUUGGUUCAUUGCCCCAUUUGUGUUUGACUUUGCAUCUUGUGUUUUGCUCACUGCUUUCACCUGUCUAUUGUGUUGUGUUGUAUUUUGUACACAUACCAAUGUUUUUUUUUAAUACUUCUCUCCAUACUAAAUAGUAAAUCGAGUUUUUAUAAUUACAUGGGGUCUGUGUUUCUAUUUUUUCCUAAUGAAUAAAGUUACUUUGUGUU